AUGCCCCACGCCGACUCUGACACUAUGGGUGAACCGAUCGUCAACGGCGAGAAAGUCCAUUCUCAGUUCAUCAACCACCUUACUUCCUACCCCGUUGUCUCAGACAGCAUCUCCUUCUUCAAGGGCAACCCCUACGGUGCCAAGUCUCUUGAAUUUGCCGACCAAGGCUACAACCGCUUUGCCAAACCCGUCCUACCCUACUUCGAGACACCUUACAGCUACAUUGCCCCCUAUGUCACUCGUGCCGACUCUCUGGGAGACCAGGGUCUGAGCCAGAUCGAUACCCGCUUCCCUAUCUUCCGCGAAGAAACCCAGAAGAUCCGUGGCAGUCUCUACAACAAUGCUUCCUACCCAGUGCGCCUAGCAGGCGAUGUCAAGGCCCAUGUCUUUGACACCUAUGGCUCGGAGUACAAGAAGGCAGGUGGCAGUGGUCUGGUGAACUCUGGAAAGGCAGCCUUUACCACCAGCUUGUUGCUGUCGCAGGAGUCGCUUGGCUGGGUCUAUGGGCUGGUCCAGAAGACCAAGGAGGAGGUUAAGGAAGCUGUGAACGAGAAGACCAACCAGUGA